AGGCCGCUUCAUCCUUUCCCAGAAACCCUGGCGCAGAAGAUCUGUAAAUCGAUUCGCCGCCCUGGCGCCGCCUCCAAGGCUAGGAUUUACUCCGAUGUCAACGUGAUCCGACCCAAGGAUUACUGGGACUACGAGUCCCUCACCGUCCAAUGGGGGGAGCAGGAUGACUACGAGGUGGUGAGGAAGGUUGGGAGAGGAAAAUACAGUGAGGUGUUUGAGGGGGUUCACUGCACCGAUAACGAGAAAUGUGUUAUCAAGAUUCUCAAACCUGUUAAAAAGAAGAAGAUUAAGAGGGAGAUUAAAAUAUUGCAGAAUCUUUGUGGAGGACCCAACAUUGUGAAGUUGCUUGAUAUCGUCAGGGACCAGCAAUCAAAGACCCCUAGUCUCAUAUUUGAAUAUGUGAAUAAUACAGAUUUUAAAGUGCUUUAUCCGACGCUCUCAGAUUAUGACAUACGAUACUAUAUCUAUGAACUUCUCAAGGCUUUGGAUUAUUGCCACUCGCAAGGUAUUAUGCAUCGAGAUGUGAAGCCCCAUAAUGUUAUGAUCGAUCAUGAGCAGCGUAAGCUUCGCCUUAUAGAUUGGGGCCUUGCCGAGUUCUAUCAUCCUGAGAAGGAGUAUAACGUUCGUGUUGCUUCGAGGUAUUUCAAAGGUCCUGAGCUUCUCGUUGAUUUACAAGAUUAUGAUUAUUCUUUAGACUUGUGGAGUCUUGGUUGCAUGUUUGCUGGAAUGAUAUUUCGUAAGGAGCCAUUCUUCUAUGGACAUGAUAACUAUGAUCAGCUAGUCAAAAUAGCAAAGGUACUUGGGACAGAUGAAUUAAAUGCUUAUCUGCACAAGUACCGAAUAGAGUUAGACCCACACCUUGCAGCUCUAGUUGGGAGGCAUAGCAGGAAACCAUGGACAAAAUUCAUUAAUGUUGAUAAUCAGCACUUAGCGGUUCCUGAGGCUAUUGACUUCGUAGACAAGUUGCUGCGUUAUGAUCACCAGGAAAGGCCCACUGCAAAAGAAGCAAUGGCCCAUCCUUACUUCUAUCCUAUCAGAAAUGCAGAAAGCAGCAGAACUCGCACCCAGUAGAUUUGAGUUCUAGAUGCUUGUCUAAUCAUGGUGAGUUCUUGGUCGGAUCUUCCCUCUGUAAUCUGCCCUCAGUUUUUAUGGCGGUGGUUGAGUUCAGAUGUAGGGUUUGCCAGUGUUGGGUUGUUAUAAGACCUGUCAGUUUUUUUUGUUUGUUAGAUUUCUGUGGACUUGCUUUGUCAAUUUUUCAUGUGUGUCCCAAACUUGUGAAUGGGUUAGUAAUCUGAUAUCAGGCUGGGUUGUGUAAUUUGAUUUCCUCAUUCCUCUUUAAUCAAUGGAAAAUAUUUGUAUUCUGAUUCUGACA